UACAGUUACACUUUUGGACAAUCGGGAAAUGUGAAUCACACUUAAUAUAACUGAACUAAGUGGUAACUCGGUAAUUAGAUGAUGUUAACGGAUAUAUGAUACCGGUGAAACAAUAGUGUCGUUAAUUGGAUAAUCUCCCUGGUGUCGUAUCAUUACAAGCAUUUCGAAACAGAACUCAUAACACAUUAGGCAGAGUAGGAGGAUUUAUGGCUACAAACUGCGACAAACCAAAAAGGAUUCUAUGAAACAGCAAAACAAUUAGGAGACCCGAUUAACAAACAUUGAAGUGUUCCUCAAUAAAAAAUAAGUGUUGCCGAUGACACUGACAUUCAAAGAAAGAGAAAUAAAUUAACAACAUGACAUUUACAGGACAUCAUUCCUGACAUCAGCGAGUUGUCAGAAUCAGAUAACAGCAAAUAUGGAUAUUAGAUGCAAGUAUUAAUUAAAGCAGUAGAACCUGAAUACAUGAAUGGAUAGAAUGAUUAAAGCGAAUUUAACAAUAUUGGAUAUUUAUGUUGCAGAACAUGUUAAUGGUAGUACAUUAUAUUAUAGCGCAAUGAUGGUGCUUUUGAGUAUAACAGUGGCGCUUAACAUUGUUUUCAAUGGGACCAUUCUUUUUGUGAUACUUUUUACCCGAGCUUUUCAUUCUACAGCUAAUCUGUACAUAUGUUCCCUGAGCAUUUCCGAUUUGAUAUUCAGUAUUUAUAGUGUGUAUGCCACCAUUGAUGGUCUCUCAGCGAUCGGGAUAAAAGACAACUUCAAGUCACAGAACUGUUUCGUGAAGCUAUAUGUUCUCUAUUUGGUAGCUCUCAGUAGCAUAUGGGCUAUGGUUGCUGUAGCAAUUGACAGAUACAGGAGUAUCGUGUCUCCGCAUAAGAAGAAAUUUACUCCGAAACAAUGCUGUCUUAUAUUACUCCUUGUAUGGUUGUUUAGUGCAGGAUUGGCCACUAUACCGGUCUCAUCCUACUCCUCACAGCAGUAUAAAGUAGACUACAAUGGCACAAUUUACAAUGUACAACCAGCCUUAUGUGAUUCUCCAAAACUUUACGGCUACAUCACUGAAUCUUUGUUUAGUUACAUCAUUCCACUUGCGACCAUAUCUGUGCUUUAUAGCAGCAUUAUCAAAGUGUUACGGAAGCCAUCCUCUGUGAAAUCUGAAUCGUCAAUCAGAGCAAAGAUGACUGCAGUAAAAAUGAUGCUCAUGAUCGUCAUAUGUUUCACGAUAUGCUGGCUCCCACAAUGCAUCUGUCUCACAAGUUAUUUCUGGUUGUUCGGCUACAAAGCUGAACGUAACAUCACAUUAACAUUUCCACAAUUUCAGCAACUCUUAAACCUUUACGAUGUAUUCAUCGCAUCAAUUGUUAGCGUCUCUUGUUACAGUUGGUUAAAUGCUGCCAUCUAUAUUUACUUCAGUAGCCAGUUUAAACAGGCAUGUAAAAAUGUGCGAAAAUGUCGACGACAUGCAAUCAUUUUGGAUGAUGAAACAGGAAUACAGAGUGGGAUUAGUACUAUUAAACCCACGGCAAAUGGGCGGAAUAAACCUAGGGACGUGGAUAAUUCUGAUAUCAACAGAAAUAUAGAAAUUGAAUCAUGAUGAAUGUUAUAUAUUAGGCAUUGAAUGGAGUUCUUGUUUGGAAUGUGAGGUUUUAUAUGACAAAUGUUAAAAGAUAUGAUGUGAACUAUUAUGUUACAUUGAGGACUUUUUCGUUGAAUCAGAAGUUUCCAGUUAAUCCUUCAUUUUGUUUCUUUAUUGCAAAAUUAAGCUCAAUUUUUGUAUAAUGCGAAACAAAACAACAUAAAAUUACAGUGCAAUAUAUGUAUUUGAAAACAUAUUAAGUUUUAUGUGCCUAAAU